UGAAUUUAUGUGAAUUUGCUGGAAACUCUGAGUUGUUUGCCAAAUGUUCACCAGGCUCCCCUUGCACAUUCCUCUGUGUUGAAGUGCUAGAACUAUUUCUGCAUUCACCGUCUUUACUCUAGUGGCUGACUGUGUCCUGCAGACCCACUUGUCAUGCAUAGGCCCCCCCCUGCCCCCCCCCACAAUGAAACGUAUACACUACGUGUCCUACCACAAGCCGCUACGCCGCACUCACACUUCGGCCGCCGCUGAACACGGCGCGAACCCCGAGUCACACGGCUCCGCUCCGGCUCGAGCCGAGCACCGUGGCUCCGCAACCGGCGCGGUUUGCGCCAUGGAGUCGGGGAGGAAGGUGGUACGGAUCGAAGAGGACGAUGCUUUGGGUGUGCGUGAGCAACUUCAAGAGUUGCAAACGUUGAUCGAGGAUAAGUUUCAGACCCAGCAGCUUUUGCUCCAGAGCAUCAUGCAGAACCAGAAUAACCCCAGCGGCCGCAAUUCCCUGGGUUCCCUCGGCUCCUCGAACUCGCUCAGUGGCACAAGCACCGCAGCACGGCCCGCGCGGUACAGCGUGAGCUUCGGGUCUGGUGAAAAUGCCAAUGCCACACCCUCGAUGCAACCAUCCUCGAUUCGACCAUCAGUGAACAGCGGCAGCGUGGCGGGCCGCGGCUCCUUGAACUCGCUGGUGGGGCAAGCGACCUCGAAGCUGCGAGAGGUGGCCACCUUCCAGGCGGAGAAGCGGAAGACCAUGCGGCGUUUAAAGAAGCGGAAAAGUAGUCAGGAGAGCUUGCAAGACAUGGAGCGACGGUGGGUGACACCCCAGCGAAUCGAAUCCUUCCGGAACAUUUUUACGCACUGCACAACUGUGCUCAUCGUCUUCAACGUCGUGCUGAUUGGCAUUGAAACGGACAUUUCCAGCGACAUGGCCUUGAAGGAUGUCCCUCCCUGGCUCUCCGCCGCGAACACCACGUGCGUGGUGCUCUUCCUGCUGGAGCUUUUGGUGCGAGUCUGGAUGGAGGGCUGCAGGGGCUUUUGGUGUGGUCCGGAUGCCCACUGGAACAUCUUUGACUUCCUCAUUGUGUUCUUCUCCAUGGUGGAUUUGAUGGCUGAGGUCGUUCUACAGGCGCUUCAGUGGGAUGCCAUUGGAGAUGCCAUGAAGGUGCAGUUUGUGCGCAGCUUACGGCUGGCGCGGGUCUUGCGCGGCAUACGUGUCAUGAAGCUCUUCCGCUAUGUGGGCGCCUUGCGGACCUUGGCCUUGUCGAUCAUCAGCACCAUGGGAUCGCUGUUUUGGACCUUGAUCCUCUUACUCCUGCUGUUCUACUCCUUUGGGGUGUUGAUCACUGAGACUGUCAUCGAGCAUUGCCGCUACCUGGACGGCGACGGCGACUCCAUGCCCGUGUGUCCAAAGGAGCUUGGCAAGUGGACCUCCGUCACCAUCAUCUACUUUCACUUCAUUCCUCUCAGCAUGCUGACGCUGUUCAUGUCUGUCACUGGAGGCUUGAACUGGCAGGAAGCCUUAGCCCCCCUGCAUGACGUGUCCAGCUUUGCAGCUGCGAUUCUGAUUCUCUAUGUGGUGAUCACCUUCUUUGCCAUUUUGAACGUCAUUACUGGCGUUUUUGUGAAUACAGCGAUCGAAAGUGCUGUGGUCGACAAGGAGGUGGCCACCAAGAAACAAGUGCAGGCGAAGAACCACCAGGUGAAAGCCUUGCGGGACAUCUUCAAAGAGAUUGACCAGGACGAUUCCAACGAGGUCAGCGUCGACGAGCUACAGGAAGCGAUCUCCAAAGGAGAACUCUCCCAUUUCCUCGAAGCCUUGGGCGUGUCAACGGAUGAUGUGUGGACCUUGUUUUUACUCUUGGACAGCGAGCAGAAGGGUGUGCUCGAGUUGGAUGAGUUUGUGAGCGGAUGUAUGCAGUUGCACGGGCCGGCGAAGAGUAUGCAGUUGGCCAAGAUGAGCUUCGAAAACAAACUCACGCGGAGAGCUAUCGCGAAUCUCAGCCAGGACAUCCAAGAGUUGAAAGACGCCCUGCUUGACCCUCCGACGGAGAUUGAGGACUUCUGAGACGGAUCGGUCGUCGUUGUCGCGCUACGCGGAGACGCGGAGAGUCGUGGCCACGUGAGGAGAGGUCAUGUCACAGUGGCAAUGUGUUUUGGCAUGGUUCAGGUGAGGGAAACAGAAGAUGCCAAUUUGCUUGGAAGACUGGG